CGGGGGCCGAUUUCAAACCGCUGCCAUCGCGGCUCCAUUGUUCGCCGGGCGGGCGGGCCCCGCCCCCCUUUGUGCGCGGCGGCCGCGAUUGGCCGGCGCCGGGCGGAGCGCUGCCGUCACCGCUCGGGAAGCCCAUUCAUCUGUGCACUUGGGCGUUGGACUCCGCAUCUUAUUAGCAACCAGGGAGAUUUCUCCAUUUUCUCCUUGUCUACAUAUUUAUACCAACCCAACGCUCUUUGUUUCCCCUCCUUUUGGAUCUGUUGAGUUUCUUUGUUGAAUAAGACAGCAUGGGUGCCCAGUUCUCCAAGACCGCUGCAAAGGGCGAAGCCUCCGCCGAGAAACCUGGGGAAGCAGUGGCUGCAUCUCCAUCCAAGGCGAAUGGACAGGAGAACGGCCACUUGAAGGUGAACGGCGACGCCUCCCCCGCCGCGGCGGAGGCGGGCAAGGAGGAGGUGCAGGCGAACGGCAGCGCACCCGCCGAGGAGACGGGCAAGGAGGAGGCGGCCUCGUCGGAGCCCGCCUCCGAGAAGGAGGCGGGAGAGGCGGAGAGCACCGAGCCGGCCUCCCCAGCGGAGGGGGAGUCCUCCCCCAAGACUGAGGAGGGCGCGACCCCCUCGUCCAGCAGCGAGACCCCGAAAAAAAAAAAGAAGCGCUUUUCCUUCAAGAAGUCCUUUAAGCUCAGCGGCUUCUCCUUCAAGAAGAACAAGAAGGAGGCCGGCGAGGGGGCCGAGGGCGAGGGCGGCGCCGCGGCGGCGGCGGAGGGCGGGAAGGAGGAGGCGGCGGCCCCCGAGGCGGCGGGCAGCGAGGAGGGCAAGGCGGCCGCCGAGGAGGCGUGCGCGGCCGGCAGCGCCGAGGCGGCCAAGGAGGAGGCGGGGGACUCGCAGGAGGCCAAAUCGGACGAGGCCGCCCCCGAGAAGGCGGCGGGAGAAGAGGCCCCGGCAUCGGCGGCGGCCGAGGAGCAGCAGCCGCCUCAGCAGGCAGCGGAGGGGAAGGCGGAGGAGGCGGCGGGCGCCGGCGCCGCCACGAGCGAGGCGGGCAGCGGCGAGCAGGAGGCGGCCCCCGCGGAGGAGCCGGCGCGGCAGGAGCCCCCCGCCGAGAGCAGUCCGGAGGGACCCGCCGCCGAGUCGGCGGAGUAGUAAGCGCCGCCGCCGCCCCUCGCCGACGGACUUUUCUUCCCCCCUGUUUGUUUUUGGAGUGGUGCCAGGUACUGGUCUCGGAGAACUUGUCUACAACCAGGGAUUGAUUUAAAAGAUGUCUCGUUUCUUUUUUUUCUCUCCCCCCGCAGCUCCCAUCUCAAAUCGUUAUGUGUUGCCGCCAUUCCAACGGGCGGAGGGGGGCUCCCCUCCGUCUUCCUCUCCCAUCCUCUAUAUUUUGGUUUUAUCGGGGUUUUUUUUUCAUCAGUAUUAAUGUUUUCUUUUGGUUGGUUCGGUUUUUUUUUUUUUCCGGAUUUUUUUUAAUUUUUUUGUUCAUUAAUUUUUUAAUUUCAUACUUUGCAACUCUCUUCAUAUUAUAAAACUUUUGCCGAUCGGUCUAUGGACAUGCCCAUAUAUGAAGGAGAUGGGUGGGUCAAUAAGGGAUAUCAAAUGAAGUGACAGGGGCCGCAGUGGGGAACUCGGGGCGCGCAGCCCUCGCCGGGAGCGCGCCCCGCCAGAAAUGAUGUAAGGGGUUAGUAGUCUUUUUUUUAAAAGAAAGUUAUUACGAUGUAUUUUGUGAGGCAGAUGUUCUAUAAGGUUUACAACACUACAAGUCUUGAUUAAGAAGGAAAGGAAAAAGGAAAAAAAAAAUAAAAAUCAAUACCCAGAUAAAGAGAUCAUAGUCUUAGGAAUUCAUUUAAACCAUAGGAACUUUUCACUUAUCUCAUGUUAGCUGUAUCAGUCAGUGAUUAAGUAGAAAUACAAGUUGUAUAGGCUUUAUUGUUUAUUGCUGGUUUAUGACCUUAAUAAAGUGUAAUUAUGUAUUACCAGCAGGGUGUUUUUAACUGUGACUAUUGUAUAAAAAAAACAAAUCUUGAUAUCCAGAAGCACAUGAAGUUUGCAACUCUUUCCACCCUGCCCAUUUUUGUAAAACUGCAGUCAUCUUGGACCUUUUAAACACAAAUUUUAAACUCAACCAAGCUGUGAUAAGUGGAAUGGUUACUGUUUAUACUGUGGUAUGUUUUUGAUUACAGCAGACAAUGCUUUCUUUUCCAGUUGUCUUUGAAAAUAAAGGAAAACUCUUCAGAUGCAAUGUUUUUUUUUUUUUUUUGUGUAGCAUCUUGUCUAUCAUGUUUUUGUAAAUACUGGAGAAGCUUUGACCAAUUUGACUUAGAGAUGGAAUGUAACUUUGCUUACAAAAAUUGCUAUUAAACUCCUGCUUAAGGUGUUCUAAUUUUCUGUGAGCACACUAAAAGCGAAAAAUAAAUGUGAAUAAAAUGUAUAA